UGCAGACCAUUAUCCAGCUAUCUCAUCCAUCCACGCGAGUACCAUACAGUCGAUGCACCCAUCGGUCAGUCCCUAACCACCUUCCCUCGUUGCUAUACUCAAUACGCGCCCCUAGUUCAUCUAUCCGAAGGAUUUUGACAUGAAGACACGUAUGCCCUCGGACGCGGUCCCUCGCAAACCAAUGGCGCUCGGCCCUCGUCGCGCCGACGCAAAGAGGCUCGACAUCUUCCACCAGUACCAAAUCGAUCCGGUCAAAGAGGCCAUGAACUCGCUCAUCAUGUCCGCCUACGUCUCCGACAUGGGCAAAAUCAAAAACCGUGCCGAGAGCCAGCUGACCUGGAAGAGCCAGCGUCGCAUGGGUAAGGCCAUCCGCCGCGCAAAAAACAUGGGCAUUAUACCGCUGCUGUCACGGCGGUCUCUGAAGAGCGCUCAAGACCAGUAGAGCAGCCUCGUGUACGUCACGUUACCUCCGUUAGCUGCAACACAGCUCGACAAACGUCGUGUUUCACCCGCAAAGUGUAUAGGACGGCGGCCCAAACACUUCCUCCCUAUCUCUCGGAUCGUAUAGACAGCUUGCACAUGGACCAUGCGCCGAGCAGUGUACCUGCAUUGCAUUCGAUGUCCAAAUGAAAGCUUUGUAUUUAGCUCCGCGAGGCGAAGGACCAAUUCGCGCUAUCGACCAGGACCGAUUCUC